AUGGCCGCCCCCUCCUCCUCCCCCUCCUUCACGCCGGAGCCCUACGACGAGGCCGCCACGGCCGACUGGCUCGUGUGCACCGCCUGCGGGACGCAGUUCCCCAGCGCCGACCGCUCCGUCGUGACGACGUGCCACAUCUGCGACGACCCGCGGCAGUACGUGCCCCCCUCGGGCCAGUCCUUUACCACGCUCGCCGCCAUGCGCGGCGGCAGCGGCAGCGGCAGCGGCACCUCUCCCUCCUCCUCCUUCUCCAACCCGCCCUACCGCAACGUCUUCACGCCCUACGCCCCCGACCCGCGCAUCACCUUCAUCACCACGGCGCCCAAGUUCGCCAUCGGCCAGCGCGCGGCCCUCAUCCGCACCCCCGCGGGCACCGUCCUGUGGGACUGCCUCACGCUGCUCGACGCCGAGACGGUGCGGCGCGUGCGCGACGACUUCUGCGGCGACACCGGCGGGAGGCUGGCCGCCAUCGUCAUCAGCCACCCGCACUACUACUCGACGCACGUGCAGUGGGCGCGCGCCUUCGCCUGCCCCGUGUACCUCGCGGCGGAGGACCGCCCCCGCUGGGCGACGAUGGCGUCCGCGCACCAGGUCGACCUCACGGACGUGGACACGGAGAUCCCCGGCCUGGGCGGCGGCAGCGGUAGUAAGGACGGCGGCACGGGGGCGCGCGCGCUGAAGCUGGGCGGCCACUUCCCGGGGUCGCUGGUGCUGCUGUUCGACGGGCGGCUGUUUAUCGCGGACACGCUGGUGACGACGCCGGCGGGGCUGGGGCGGUGGGAGGUGGACGGCGCGGGGGCGGCGCGCGCGAAGCCCGAGGGCCUGAAUACGUUUUCGUUCCUGUGGAGCAUCCCGAAUGCGAUCCCGCUGGGCGUGGAGGAGCUGGCGCGCAUGUGGGCGGUGCUGGCGCGGCAUGCGUUCCGGGCGACGCAUGGCGCGUUUGCGGGCAUGGAUAUUGAGGAUGAGGGGGGUGUCAAGGGGCGCGUGCUGGAGAGCAUGCAGAUUCAGGCGAGGUUCAUGGGCUACGGGACGCAUGCAAUCAUGAGCGAGACGGUGUAG